UAUUUAGCUCGGAUUGGGCUGCAGCAGUGCACGCCCCUGUUUGGUGCUUUCUCCGCGGUGUCGUGUCUCCGGUCUGCGGCACAGUGGCGCUGCUCCACGCCGGCUGACUGAGCGCCGCCACUACCGGGCCGUCCAAAGCAACUUGAUACCGGAGACGAGUGGUCCAGACGAGACAGCAAACGAGGCGUUCCCAUCCGCCCCGAUUAGACAGGCAGAUACCCAUCUCCUCCCUCCGCCGUCUGUCAGCACCGGGGCCGAAAAUCCGGGUCCAACAGAACGGCUCCGUUCGGCGCUCGCGACUUGUGACGGAUUUUUUUGUCUUUUUUUUUUUUUCACGAGGAAAAUUCGGUCGAGAAACGAGACGGGACGCGCAGAACUAACCAGCUAGCUACUACACGGCUAGUUUGCGGUCAGCCCUCAACUAGGAGAACUGGGAACGGAUAACCUACCAAAAAUGAAAUAAAUACGAUUUACAGAUGAAGCUAGGCUUUUAGACGAAUAAGAUUAGCAUCUUUUAGGUAUUUUUUGCGAUACUUUAUCUCUUUGCACAAGUUUUCCUAGCAGCCAGACAGUCGCCUGGGUAGCUAGCAUGCUAGUUAGCCGAGAUGGAGGUUUGCGGACUCCGCUCAGACGACUCAUCCGACAAACAAGUUAGCUGGCCCGGCUGUGAGUCCGGUCUGUGCCGGAGCGGAAAGCAGGACUAACUGGACUAUUUUUUUUAAAUUUUUCUUUUAAUAUUUUUACACGUUGAACCCCGAGCUGCACCGCUUCUCUGGAUGUCUGUCCAACUUACCGAGCUGACGUGAGGAUUAAAAAAAAGGGGGACAGGAAAUAAUAUCGCAGAAGACGGACCAAAAAGAGGACGGGGAAAAGAGCCCGAAACUACCAGACCAAAGUUGACGAACAAGAGCCAUGGCUGUGGGCCAAACCGCGAUGAGAUUUCUCACUAAAUUUGGGUUUUGCCUCGCGAUUCUUCUGACUUCAGUGGCUGCGGCGCAAGGCGAGGAGAGGGAGUGUGCCUUCACAGACCAACAGCAGCAGGGGGAGGUGAAGCGCGUGGCCGAAGGCGAAGGCCGGGUGUCCCCAGAGAACACCACCAUCCGAUGUGCCAAGGGCAGCCACUGCUUCGGGUUGUGGGAGAAGAGUCCUCCCGGCGAAGUGCGGCUGGUCAAACAAGGCUGCUGGAGUCAUCUGGCCGAACACAACGGUUGCCGCGAGGACCGCUGCGUGGUCACCCACCUGCCACCUCUCAUCCAGAAUGGGACAUACCACUUCUGUUGCUGUGGCAGCGACAUGUGCAAUGUAAAUUUCACAGAGGACUUCCCGACGCCCAGUCCGACCACGGCGCAGCCCAUCUACCCUGCUACACUGCGCCAAGAAGAGACCAUAAUUAUUGCCCUGGCAACGGUCGCCGUGCUGGCCGUGCUCAUUGUAGCAGCCUUCUGCGGUUACCGCAUGAUGCACGGAGACGGGAAACAGGGCCUGCACAACCUGAACAUGAUGGAAGCUGCUGCCUCCGAGAGCUCCCUGGACCUGGACAAUCUCAAACUGCUGGAGCUGAUUGGACGCGGCCGGUACGGCGCCGUGUACUGCGGCUCCCUGGAAGAGCAGCCCGUCGCCGUGAAGGUUUUCACCGUCGGCAACCGCCAGAACUUCCUCAACGAGUGCUCCAUCUACCGCCUGCCGCUGCUGGAGCACGACAACAUCGCUCGCUUCAUCGCCGCCGACGAGCGCACGGGCCCAGAGGGGCGCACCGAGUACCUGCUGGUCAUGGAGUAUUACCCACACGGUUCCCUAAGUCACUAUCUGACCCUCCAUACUAACGAUUGGGUCAGAAGCUGCCGGCUGGCCCACUCGGUCACGCGUGGCUUGGCCUACCUGCACACGGAAAUCUUUAAAGGGGACUUGUACAAGCCGGCGGUGUCGCACAGAGACCUGAACAGCAGGAACAUCCUGGCCAAAGCCGACGGCACGUGCGUCAUCAUCGAUUUCGGUCUGUCCAUGAAGCUGACGGGGAACAGGCCGGCGCGCCAUGGCGAGGAGGAGAACGCCGCCAUCAGUGAGGUGGGAACGAUCCGCUACAUGGCGCCGGAGGUGCUGGAGGGCGCCGUGAACCUGAGGGACUGCGAGUCGGCUCUGAAGCAGGUGGACAUGUACGCGCUGGGCCUCGUCUACUGGGAGACGUUCAUGCGCUGCAGCGACCUCUUCCCAGGAGAGUCGGUGCCAGAGUACCAGAUGGCUUUUCAGGCGGAAGUGGGGAACCACCCAACUUUUGAGGACAUGCAGGUCCUGGUCUCCAGGGAGAAGCAACGACCCAAAUUCCCAGAAGCCUGGAAGGAGAACAGCCUGGCCGUCCGCUCUCUGAAGGAGACGAUGGAGGACUGCUGGGACCCGGACGCCGAGGCUCGCCUCACUGCCCAGUGCGCGGAGGAGCGGCUGGCAGAGCUGCUGCUCAUAUGGGACCGCUCCAAAUCCGUCAGUCCCACGCUCAACCCCAUGUCCACCACGCUGCACAAUGAGAGAAACCGUAUGACCCCAAAGAGCGGCCCGUACACUGACCAUCCCUCCACGUACAUCGAGGAGCAUGAAGGAGUCCCCAAGAACACGCAGGCCGACGCCACCAACUCCAUCACUGGCAGAUCCGGGGCCGGAACCGGAGAGAGAAACAGGAACUCCAUCAACCAGGAGCGCCAGCAGCAAGCCAACGCCCGCCUGCCCAGCCCAGAGGGCGGCAGCACCAGCAUGGGCCAAAGAGGCAGCCCCUCCACCUCCACCACAACCACCACCACCACCAUCUCGGAGUCAGAUGGUCCCGCUGGGGUCACCUCGGUCCCCGUCUGCCUACACCUGACCCAGGAAGACCUGGAGACCACCAAACUGGAUCCUAAGGAGGUGGAUAAGAACCUGAAGGAGAGCUCUGAUGAGAACCUGAUGGAGCACUCACAGAAGCAGUUCUGCUCUCCAGACCCGCUGAGCCCGGGCAGUUCCAGCCUGCUGUACCCCCUCAUCAAGAUGGCCAGCGAGGCCUCGGGAACGUCCGACUCCCCUGCGGCGAUGCCCAACACCAUCUUCCCACUGCCCAAGCAGCAAAACCUGCCAAAGAGGCCGUCCAGUCUGCCACUGCGCAACAAGCCCGCCAAGAAGGAGUCGUCCUCAUCCUCGCUUCGGUUCAAGUUCGGACGCUCGGGGAAGUCCAAUCUGCGACAGGUGGACGGAAACAAGAUGAACGUCGGUGCAGGGACUGGCUCGAACUCGACCGAGGCCCACAGGGGCGCCGGCACAAACAACGUUCCAGCAAUGCGGGACGCACACGCCAACGGGAGCGUGAACGUCAACGGGCUCACAGCUGCAGGGAUGUCAUCCAUGGCGCCCGGCGGAGCGGCGGGGUUCGGAGGGCCCAGCAUGCUCCAGAACGGGUCCGGAGCCCUGACGUCCGACGACGGCCGCCUGGGCCUGGGCCUGAUCACAGCCAGCCCCGACGAAAACGAGCCGCUGCUGAGCCGAGAGCAGCCCGACCUCAGAGACGCCGCCGCGGGGGCAUUGCACUCGGCUCGCCCCAACACCAACAACAACAACAGCAACACGGGGCACGGCCAAGGCGACGGCGAGAGCGGCGGCGAGAGCGACGGGGGGGAGGAGGGCGGAAGCGCAGAAGGGGGAAGCCGGGAAAGCGGCGGGCCUCCAGGGGAAAGCUCCGGACCUGCAGAAGCGCAGAAGGAGGCUGCGGUCAGCAUGAGGGGCGAGGUUCUGCCGCGGCAACCCAGAGCCCGCCGACCCGAGAGACCCAACUCGCUGGACCUGUCCUUCACCACGCAGGACCUGACCUCCAUCGGUGAAGCUCUUGUUCCGUCCGACGCCGCUGUGGCCACAGGCGAGAAGAUCAAGAAGCGCGUCAAGACGCCGUACUCCCUGAAGAAGUGGCGACCCACCACCUGGGUCAUCUCCACAGACGCCCGGGGCCCCGAGGUCAACAACAACGGCUCCGCCCGCUCCCACAGCCAGAACCGGCCCAAGUCCACUUCGGCCAUCUACCUGCGCGGCGGUGGCGGCCUGACCAGCGAGCCCGGCGACACGCAGGUGUGAAGUUGCCGCCACCGAACAAACAGACUGCAAGAACUGGACUUCUGAAUCAGUGGAAGGAAGCUAACCGCACGGAUCGUGUACAGAACCGGGUCGCUCCCUCGUCGCUUUAAAUGGAUCCAGCUAUGCAGCAUUUCUCAGCCGCGUUUUUUCCCGCCUUUUCGUCUCCGUUCGCCGUCUCUUAACACGUUUCACGAGCAUCUCCGAGCGCUUUGUUUUUUUUUUUUUUAAGUCCCGUUUCCUUUGUGCACUUUGAAGCGAAUGAAAUCAGUGUUUCCAGGUUCUGUCUGUCGCGACCACAGCCAAAAAAAAAAAAGAAAGGGGGAGUGGUCUCUAAACGUAGGGCAAUGAAAAUCAAUCAGAGGAAGCUCUGUUUUAAAAAAAAAAAAA